UCGAACCAAAACAAAUUAACGAGAGGAGCGCAAAUUUAUUAUAUUAAACUUAUGAGAGUUAUUUUCCGUUUGCGAAAUCUAUUUUAUAAUAAUUACAAAAUCUUACAGGAUCAUAACCUCAACAUCUUAUGUCAUUGUAAAUACGGAUCGAUGGCCACUUCUACCAAGAUUUGUUAUUUAAAAAGCAUAAGAAAUCCCCAGAGACGUAUCAUUUUACCUCACGAAAAACCCGUCACAAUAGGAAGAAAUGAAGAAACCGGAAUAAUAGAUCUGCAUGUAUCUCGAAGCCACUUGGAAUGUACAGCAGACCUCAACACCUCCAAAGUUUUAGUAAAAACACUCGGCAAGUCACAUGCCGGCUGUAACGGUUAUGCUUUAAUGCAAGGAGAAAGCUAUGUUCUAAAACAUGGAGACAGAAUUGAAGUUCGUUUAGGGUUUCAUGAAUAUGACAUUGUAUUUGAAUCCCCAAAUGAAGAAGAAGAGGAACGCCCAGCUAAGAAACCAAAACUAGAUUUUUUUAAUGUAAACUCUAAUCAUAAUAACAACAGGAAAUUUUCCAACUCUGGCCAGUGGGAAGAAAUUGAUGGUAAAGAUUUAUUAAUUUAUACUUGUGAUGGUUGUGUACCACAGUCAACAAUAGCGGCAUUUGAUCUGGAUGGAACAAUAAUUAAAACAAAGUCGGGGGCACGGUUUCCUAAAGAUCCUGAUGACUGGGUGCUAAAUAUUAACAGUAUUCCACAAAAACUGCAACAACUAUUUGAGAAUGAUCAUAAAAUUGUCAUUUUUUCAAAUCAGUCAGGCUUAGGUAAUGAUUUCAGUAAAAUAAAAGGAUACAAGGGCAAAAUUGAAGCCAUCAUAGCCAAACUAUCAGUUCCUGCUCAAGUAUUUUUAGCAACUGGUAAAUCAAUUUAUCGAAAACCAGCACCUGGAAUGUGGAAAGCUUUAUCAGAAUUGAAAAACGGUGAUGUUACUAUUGACAUUGAUAAAUCAUUUUUUGUGGGCGACGCUGCUGGUAGAGAAAAGAACUGGGCUCCAAAGAAAAACAAAGAUCAUUCUAUUUGUGACCGGCUGCUAGCAUUAAACGUUGGAUUAAAAUUCUACACUCCUGAGGAGUAUUUCCUAAAAUCAUCAUCUGUCUCAUUCGUGAUGCCAGAAUUUGAUCCAAGAACAAUCCCAAAUGAAAAUUAUCCCCAGAUAGUCACAGAUAAGCAGGAAGUGGUCAUAAUGGUCGGGGGUCCUGGAUCUGGUAAAAGUUAUUUCUGUAAAAAUAAUUUAAUUUCAAAAGGAUACGUCCACGUUAGUAGAGACAAAUUAGGCACGUGGCAAAAAUGUGCGAAAUUAUUGGAAGACUGUAUACAGAGAAAACAAAGUGUAGUCAUUGAUAAUACUAAUCCUGAUAAAGAAUCACGACAGAGAUAUAUUGAUGUUGCAAAAAGACAUGGAAUUCUGUGCAGAUGCUUUGUGAUGACGACGACUCACCGCCAUGCCAAACACAAUAACAGGUUUAGAGAAAUGACCGAUAAAAGUCACGUGGCUGUGGGUGAUCUGGUUUUAAAUUCUUAUAAGAAGGGAUAUCAAGAGCCAGAGUUGACUGAGGGCUUUUCGGAAAUUAUAAAAAUUCCUUUUAUCCCAAAGUUUAACAAUGUUGAACACGAGAAAUUGUAUAGAAUGUUUCUACUAGAAGAUUAAUUUAUUUUUUUACCUCUGUAAAUUAUUAAAUAUAAAAACAUGAUAUGUU